UUGUUGUCUAUUUAGAUUUUGGCGAUGAAAACUGAAGUUGGAUAUCCUCGUCACAUGCUCAAUUCGGAUUUUGUCGAGACUUUCUAUGCAAAAUUGGAACUAUCAACGGACAGUCUGUUAAAAAAUAUGUUGAAAAUGAGCCGAUUUUUAGUAUACAACGAACUGCAAAAAUUAAACAGACCAGUUGAAGAUAACCCACCUACGGUGGAUAGUGUGUACAAAGGUCCACUUCAAGGAAAUGCUCAUUACUUUGCUACUAAAAAUGCAUUAGUUGUCCCAAUGGGAAUCAUAAGACCGCCAAUUCUAGAUAUAGAAAACCCAGAAUACUUGAAUUAUGGUAGACUUGGUAAUGAAAUUGCUCAUGAAAUGGCUCAUGCGUUUGACAAUAUUGGUCUCCAGUAUGACAAAAAUGGAAAAGAAAGUGAUUGGUGGAGUGAAGAGAUGAAAAACAAAUUUUGGAUGAAGGCCAAAUGUUUUGUUGAGCAGUACAAUAGAUAUGUUAUUGAUGCUGCGACAGAAAAAAAUGUAGAUGGCCAACGAACACUUCAUGAAAAUAUAGCAGACAUUACUGGUUUAAAAAAAGCAUUCAUGUCCUAUCAAAGGUAUGUUAAGCAAUAUGGAAAAGAACCAAAAUUGCCAGGAAUGGAAUUUACGAAUCAACAACUCUUUUUCAUUAGUUUUGCACAGAUGAAGUGUGAAGUUAGAAACAAGGAAGGUUUCCAAGAAUAUAUCGGAGACUCUACAUCAACACUUCUUCAGACGCCUUUGAAAUACAGAGUUAACGGAGCUCUUGCAAACUCUGAAUUUUUUGCUGCUGUUUUUAAAUGUCCAUCAGGUAGUCCUAUGAGCCAGGCAAAACGAUGUUCCAUAUGGUGAAUCAAUGCUUCGCUUUUUAAAUUAUGUUUUUAGUCUUGUAUAAACAUUUCA